AAAUGACGGCGAUUGAUAGACGUAGGCGUAUAAAAUUUUAAGGAAGAAAAGAGAUUCCACCAUUCUAUAUUUUAUUACUUGCAAAUUUCUAGUUUACAGGAACUUAGUGCAUAUUAUUUAGCCUUUUAAUACAAUAAUGCAGUGCGCGCCCAGGCCAUGGCCGCUGCUCCUCUCGCUGCUGGCGCUCUGCUGCUGUGUGCAUAGCUUUUACGUGCCCGGCGUUGCGCCCGUCGAGUUCGUGCGUGGCCAAAAAAUCGAUGUUAAGGCAGUCAAAAUGACCAGCAGUCGCACCCAGCUACCUUAUCAGUACUACUCUCUUAAAUUCUGCUAUCCCAAGAACGGUACGCUGAUUUUCAAAUCGGAGAACUUGGGUGAGGUACUGCGUGGUGAUCGUAUCGUAAACACACCUUACGAGGUGCGGAUGGCCGAAAAUGUGAACUGCAAGCUGCUGUGCAACAAAAAAGAUAGGCCACUGACGUGGAGUCAGGAAGACUCGGCCAUGGUGGCGGAGCGCAUACAACAUGAAUACUUUGUGCAUUUACUGGUGGAUAAUCUUCCUGUGGCUACGCGCAUUGUCAAUGCAAACAAUCCCGGCGAGGUGACCUAUGAGCAUGGCUAUCGCUUGGGUCAAGUUGAUGGCGAUAAUAUCUACGUAAACAAUCAUCUAAAGUUUAUCCUUUCCUAUCACAUGCACACCAAAGACAAGUUCCGGGUUGUUGGCUUUGAGGUGGAAACUGGAUCAGUAAAUCACAAGGAAAUUAAAUUCGAGGGUGAUCUCUGCAAUUUCCCUGACAGCGCACGUCCACAGUUGGUGAAUCCGAAUGGCGAAACACAGCUAUAUUUUACCUAUUCGGUCGAGUGGAAAGAGUCCUCAGUGAGCUGGGCCUCACGUUGGGACAUCUACUUGGGCAUGCGCGAUGUACAGAUCCAUUGGUUCAGCAUUAUUAAUUCGCUGGUAGUGGUAUUCUUCCUAUCGGGCAUUCUCACCAUGAUCAUCAUUCGCACGCUGCGUCGCGAUAUUGCGCGAUACAAUACAGACGACAACAUUGAAGACACAUUGGAAGAGACCGGCUGGAAGCUGGUACAUGGCGAUGUAUUCCGUCCACCGAAAAACACACGCCUAUUCUCCGCUGUUAUAGGCAGCGGCAUUCAGAUCUUCUUCAUGGCCAUGGUUACCAUAUUCUUUGCAAUGUUGGGCAUGUUGUCGCCCUCGUCUCGCGGCGCUUUAAUGAGCUCCGGCAUUUUUAUGUACGUCUUCAUGGGCACUAUUGCAGGCUACUAUGCAGCCCGUCUUUACAAAACUAUGAAAGGUCGCGAGUGGAAGCGUGCUGCUUUCCUCACUGCCACCUUCUAUCCCGGAAUUGUUUUUGGCACCGGGUUCUUCUUAAACUUUUUCAUUUGGGAUAAGUCGUCAAGUGGUGCUGUGCCUUUCACGACCAUGAUUUCGUUGCUGUUGCUCUGGUUCGGCAUUUCAGUUCCUCUAGUAUAUCUCGGCUUCUAUUUGGGCUAUCGGAAGCAACCAUAUCAGCAUCCAGUGCGCACCAAUAUGAUACCACGCCAAGUGCCGGCACAGCAUUGGUACAUGAAUGUUGCAUUGAGCACCUUGAUGGCCGGUAUUUUGCCCUUCGGAGCUGUUUUCAUCGAGCUAUUUUUUGUUUUUACAGCCAUUUGGACGAAUCAGUUUUAUUACCUGUUUGGCUUUUUGUUUUUAGUGUUUUGUAUUUUGGUUGUGAGCUGUGCGCAAAUAUCCAUUGUUAUGACUUACUUUCAAUUGUGCGGCGAGGACUAUCGCUGGUGGUGGAGGAGCUUCAUCGUCUCUGGCGGCUCGGCUGUUUAUGUGCUCUUCUACAGCAUAUUUUACUUUUUUACGAAGCUGGAGAUCACAGAGUUCAUACCUACGCUGCUCUAUUUGGGCUAUACAGGUCUCAUGGUGCUAACUUUUUGGCUCCUCACCGGCUCGAUUGGUUUCUUUGCCGCCUACGUUUUCAUUCUGAAAAUAUAUAGUGCUGUCAAAAUCGAUUAAGGCACACACAGACAUACAGACACAAAAACACAACCCACACAACGCUGUACACCAAACUAUCUGCAAUAUCAUUUGAUCAUAACACUUAUGCUAUCAUUAUUAUUAUAAAUAUUUAUAUUAAAUCUCUAGCCUUGAAAAAGCAACAACUGUACCAAGCUUAGCCUAAGUUCUUGGCAAAUGUAAAGUUUCAUUUAGACUGCUUGUGCUUUUCCUUCUAACUAUAACUGUGUGCUAAGUUUCCUUGCUCCUGUGAACAUGAUUCCUUUACGCCUGCACACUAGCCAGAAGAAGAAGAAAGAACGCGACGCGAGCCUCGAACGGAUCGAGUGUUUAUUUAUAACUUAGUAUUGCUAAUGCAAAAAUUCUCUAAAAGUCGCUCAAUUAUGCGGGAGUAAAACCAACAAUUAUAUUUAUAAUUGCCUAAUUUAUAUAUGUAUGUAAAAUACCUAAUUUAAGCAAAAAAUUCAAAAUAAACUAAUUUUAAGUACGAA